AUGACAAUCUUCUAUAGCGGAGGAGAAAAACACGAGAGAGGAGUGGGUUUUGCAAUUAAGAACAGUAUCCUGCCCAAUAUUGUGAGAUUUGAGCCGAUAAAUGAUAGAAUAUGCUAUGUUGAGCUUAAAGGUAAAUGGUUUAACAUACUGAUAAUUAACUGCUACGCCCCCACAGAUGACAAAAGUGAGGAAAUAAAAAAUGCCUUUUACGAAGAACUGGAUAGGAUUUGCGAUGGAUUACCAACAGGAAAACCAAAAGUCAUCUUAGGUGAUUUCAACGCAAAAAUAGGGAAGGAAGCAGUUUAUAGACCGACAAUAGGAAAGGAUUGCUUACAUAACGAUACAAAUGAUAAUGGAAAUAAACUAAUAACUUUUGCAACUGCUAGCAACAUGAGAAUAAGUAGUACAAUGUUCCCGCAUAAAAAUAUCCACAAGCAGACGUGGAUAUCGCCAUGUGGGAAGGUGAGGAAUCAAAUAGAUCACGUAAUGGUAGACUACCGAAUUAGAUUAAGUAUAAACGAUGUAAGAAGCAUGAGGGGCAGCAGUGCGGUCUCGGAUCACUUCCUAAUAAGAACGAAGGUCAAAUUUAGAAUAUCAGCAGAAAAAUCCAAAAGAAUGAAGUGUACAAAGAAAAUUAACAAAGAAUUACUGAAAAUAAAUCAGGCCAAAGAUUACAAAGAAAAAAUCAAGGAUUACUUAGAUGGUUUAGACCAUGAUAUGGAUAUAAAUUACUGUUGGGAAAAAAUGAAAACGGCAAUCAAAAGAUCGGCAGAAGAAGUUUUGGGCCAUGAACCAAGGAUAAAAAGAAAACCAUGGCUUAAUGAACAAUGUAAGGAAGCUGUUGCAGAUAGAGAUAAAGCACGUUUAAGAGUGGUACAAUACCCAACAGAGGAGAACAAAAGGAUGUUAGCUUAUAGACAGAGAGAGGCAAAAAGAAUAAUUAGGACGAAUAAAAGAUUAUGGGAAAAAGAAAAAGUGAAGGAUAUAGAGAAAAACCGGAAAAAUAACACAAGGAUAUUCUUCGAAAAGGCGAACGAGGUGAGAAGAAGUUUUAAACCUAGACAUACAAUUAUAAGAAUGGAGGAUGGCACUCUGUUAACAGAAAAUGGAAAAAUAGCGAAGGCAUUCAAGAACAUGUUUCAGACACUAUUAAAUCAACCUACAAGAGAUGUUGUAUCAGAAGAAUGUGACACGGUUGAACAAAAUAUUGAACGGCCAUCAAUGCAGGAAGUGGAGACUGGGCUAGAUAUGCUAAAGAGUGGGAAAGCCCCUGGAGCAGAUUGA